AUGGCUGAGAGAGCUGGGACUGCUCCCCCUGGAGAAGAGAAGGUGCUGGGAGAUCUUACCAAUGUGUACGAAUACUUGAAAGGAGGACGUAAAGAAGUCAGAGCCAGCUUCUUCUCAGCGGAGCCCAGUGAUGGGACCAGAGAAAUCCGUUAUGCAACUGUGUACUGGAACAGAGCUGCAAAAACACUUCAGGUCAGGAAUACACUGGACAGGAGCGGAGAUGCCUAUGGUUUCUACAACAACAGUAUACAGACAACAGGUUGGGGAGUUCUGGAGAUCAGAGCAGGCUAUGGCACUCAGACCUUAAGCAACGAAGAUAUCAUGUAUGCGGCUGGCUUCUUGGAAGGCUAUCUGACAGCUCCGCACAUGUAUGACCAUGCUGCAAAUAUGUAUCCGCAGCUAAUAAAGAAUCCCACCGUUCGAAGUGGAGUUCAGAAUUUUAUGAUGAAACAAGAUCAAUGGACAAGACAGCAAAUCAGAAAUAAUAAGGAUGACCCAUUUUGGAGGCAUGCUGGCUAUAUUAUUGCACAGUUGGAUGGUCUGUACAUGGGAGCCCUCGAGUGGGCUAAGCUACACAAACAAACACCGCUGAGCAUCUUUGAUGUCCAGUUUCUGAAUGCGGUUGGAGACCUGUUGGACCUCAUUCCUGCAUUAUUUGAGUAUUCUGCACGAAGUGGACAAUGCAACACGGAGCCAGGAGGCCAUGGGAAGUAUCAGUGGGAUAUGGGUCACUGCUCUGCGCUCAUCAAGGUUCUACCUGGAUAUGAGAAUAUAUAUUUUGCCCAUUCCAGCUGGUUCACUUAUGCGGCCACCUUGAGAAUAUAUAAGCAUUGGAACUUCAAUAUAGUUGAUCCAGACACCAGCACCGGCCGUGUCUCAUUCAGCAGUUACCCAG